CGCCUGCGCGCGCGGCCUUUGUCCCGCCUCGCGCGGCCCGGCUCGGUCCGGGGAGGGGGCGAGCCCGGCCGUGUCAGCGCCGCCGGCGGCCGGGCCCGACGUCGCUGCCCCUCGGCCCCGCGCGUGGGGGAACCUGCCGGUCGCCCCUUGUGCCGCUGCCUCGAGGCCGUGAGGCGGCUCCGCGGCCCGUGGUGGCUUUCCGCGGGUCCCCGCGGGAGAUCCACGCGGGACGUGAACCGCCUGCUUUCCUCCUUUGCAGUUUGGUCCCGGGCUGUCUGUAGGGCUCGAUGGAAGAGGAACUGGCUGCUCCUUCCACGUCCACAGACAAAACGGACAGUAUGGAUGUGGAUGGAGAGUCCAAGAAACUAUUGGGUUUAGGACAGAAACACUUGGUAAUGGGAAAUAUUCCAGCUGCUGUCAAUGCAUUCCAGGAAGCUGCUAGUUUAUUGGGUAAAAAAUAUGGUGAGACAGCGGAUGAGUGUGCAGAAGCUUUUUUUUACUAUGGAAAAUCUCUUCUGGAGUUGGCCAGAAUGGAAAAUGGUGUAUUGGGAAAUGCCUUGGAAGGGGUGCAGGUUGAAGAGGAAGGAGAAAAAGCUGAAGAUGUCUCUGUGUUACCAACUGUUGAUGAAGAAGCAAGGGAGGAGUUGAGAGAGCAGGUAUAUAACGCCAUGUGGGAAAAAGAGUCCAAAAAAUCUACAGAAGAGUCUCCAGUACUAACUGAGAAGGAAAACAAAGGAGAUGUUGAAAUGGAAGAGGUGAGAGAAGAAAAAACAGGAGAAGAAGUAACUACUGAGAUGGAAGUAAAGCUUGAAGAGGCUGGAGAGAAGACAGAGGUGUCUGUGGAAAAAGAAGUAAUUUCAGAAGAACAGGAGCAGCAGAUAGCUGUGGAAAAGGAGCCUACAAAAGGGGAGGCAGCUGUGGAAGAGAUGAUACUGGAGAAAGAGCAAAAGACAGCAUCUGAAGAGGUGGCAAAGGAAGCAACUGAGGAGAAGGAAAAAAUGACAGAUGUGUCAGACAAGGAGGCAAAGGCAGCUGUGGAAGAGGCUGAAGUUGCAGAAACAGAUGCAGCUGUAGAAGAAAAAGGAGUGGCAGGAGAGCAAACAGCAGGAGCAACAGAAAAAGAGAUAGAGACAGCUGUGAAAAAGGGAGAGGCUGUAGAAGGGCAGGCAGAGGCAGCUGUGGAAGAGGAGGCAAUAGCACAAGAAGUGACAGCAGAGGCACAGACUGCAGUCCCUGUGGAGCAGAAAGAAGCUGCAGAAGGGCAGGCAGCUGAGCAGAAGGUAGAGGAGAAAGAAGAGAGGGUAGAAACAGCCACAGAAGACAAACCAGAUGCCUCUAAAGAGGCAGAGUCUUCAAAGGAGCCAGUGCCCACAGAGGGCAAAGAGCCAUCUAAUGAUGUGGAAGAAAAGGCUGAAGUAGCUGCUAAGGUAGAAAAAGAGGAAAAGAAAGAUGCGCUGAUGGAAGCGGGUGAUGGUGCUAAGGUAGAAAAAGAAGAAAAAGAUGACCUGAUGGAAGAGGGAGAAGAAACAGAAGAAUCAGAAGAGGAAGAUAAAGAAAAUGACAAAGCUGAAGAUAAGGAGAAUGAAUUAACAGUAGAAGACAAGUCUUUACAGGAAAGUGAGGAAGAUGAAGUUGGAAAUCUUGAGCUAGCCUGGGACAUGCUGGAGUUAGCAAAAGUAAUCUACAAAAGACAAGAAACAAAAGAAGCUCAGCUCCAUGCGGCUCAGGCUCAUCUAAAGCUAGGAGAAGUUAGCAUCGAAUCUGAAAACUAUACACAGGCUAUAGAAGAGUUUCAGGCUUGCCUGGCCCUACAGCAGAAGUACCUGGAGGCUCAUGACCGCCUGCUAGCUGAAAGUCACUACCAGUUGGCAUUGGCAUACCACUACAACAGCCAGUUUGAUGAGGCAGUCCUACAGUUUGGUAAAUCCAUGGAAGUCAUUGACAAGAGAAUGGCAAUGCUUACGGAGCGAAUAAAGAAAACAGAAAGUGGGUCCCCUGAAGAUGAGAAGGAGAUUGAAGAACUGAAGGGACUGCUUCCUGAAAUUAAAGAAAAGAUAGAGGAUUCAAAGGAGUCUCAAAAGAGUGCAAGAGUAGCUGAGCUGGCACUGAAAGCAACUCUGGUUGGAACUACAUCUGGCUUUGCACAGAAUGAAGACAGUGGUUCUGCUUCCACAAUUCCAGUAAGAAAACCAGCUGAUGGAGCAUCUCAGUGUGUUACAGACAUCUCUCAUCUAGUCAGGAAAAAGAGGAAACCAGAGGAGGAGACUCAACAGGGAGACAAUGAAGCUAAGAAAUCUAAACCAGAACCGGCUGUCAAUGGUGGUGGUGCUGAUGCUGCCCCCAGUGGAAAUGAGGUUGCAGAAAAAAUGGAAGAGGAGACAGAGAAAAGGCCACAAGUGGAAUCAGGGGCUCCAGUUGAAAGCACAGUAUGAUAAUUCUUUAACCUGGGACACUCCUCUCCUUACAAGGAAAAUGGUUUUGUAUAUAGUGUAUUUUUUCACUUUUUGGCAACUUUUGUAUGACUUCAAUAAAGAUUGUAAGCAAAUAUUGCUCAUCUUGA